GAAAGCUGAACUGUUUUUCUUCCUGGGCAGGUUAAGAAGCCAUGGCUUAUCAAAGCUUCCUGCUGGAACCCAUCACCUGCCAUGCCUGGAACAAGGACAGAAGUCAACUUGCCAUCUCCCCCAAUAAUCACGAAGUUCAUAUCUACAAGAAAAAUGGUGCCAAGUGGGACAAAAUCCAUGAGCUGAAGGAACACAACGGGCAAGUGACAGGCAUCGACUGGGCCCCGGACAGCAACCGGAUUGUGAGCUGCGGGACAGACCGCAACGCCUACGUCUGGACCCUGAAGAACGACGUUUGGAAGCCAACCCUGGUCAUCCUCCGGAUCAAUCGUGCUGCCUGUUGUGUCAAGUGGUCCCCGAAAGAGAACAAGUUUGCUGUGGGCAGCGGUUCCAGGCGGAUCUCCAUCUGCUACUUUGAGCAAGAGAACGAUUGGUGGGUCUGUAAGCAUAUCAAGAAACCAAUUCGAUCAACAAUACUUAGUCUGGACUGGCACCCAAACAACGUCCUCCUGGCAGCUGGAUCCUGUGAUUUCAAAUGCAGGAUUUUCUCUGCCUACAUUAAGGAGGUUGAAGAGCGGCCAGCCCCUACCCCCUGGGGAUCCAAGAUGUCGUUUGGGGAGCUCAUGUUUGAGUCGAAGAGUAGUUGCAGCUGGGUCCACAGCAUCUGCUUUUCCGAGAGCGGGAACCGUUUGGCAUGGGUGGGCCAUGACAGCACCAUCUGCCUGGCUGAUGCCAACAAAAAAAUGGCUGUAGCCUGCCUUUCUACGGAGACUCUACCCCUCCUGGCUGUGACCUUCAUCACGGAGAAGAGUCUUGUAGCUGCAGGGCAUGACUGUUACCCAAUGCUGUUCAUGUACGACGAACAGCAGGGAGCGUUGAGCUUUGGAGGGAAACUGGACAUCCCCAAACAAAGUUCCCAGCGGGGACUCACAGCUCGUGAGCGCUUCCAGAACCUGGACAAAAAAGCCAGCUCUGAAACCAACAAUGCUUCUUUGGAUACAAUCCACAAAAAUAGUAUCAGCCAAAUCUCUGUGGUUGCUGGUGGAAAGGGCAAUUGCUCCAAGUUCUGCACCACCGGAAUGGAUGGUGGCAUGAGCCUAUGGGAUGUCAAGACCCUGGAGGCUGCAAUGAAGGGCCUCCACAUCAAAUAAGCAGACGUUUCUCCCUGCAUAAAAUCCAGCGAGCACAGAGAUUCCUGCCUUCCAAGGAAAUCGAACAAAGCUUAAUCCGUUCCUGCUGUCAAGAACCUUGAAAAGACAAUCCCACAUGCUACAAGCUCCAGACUUUCUUGAGGCCUUUUGGGCAGAAACCCAGAGGGUGAAAAAAUAAAGUACAUGCAAUUAAAAACAAA